GGAGUUUGCAGUGGGUACCGCUAAGGUCGCGCUCAUUUGAAUUUUUGCGAAUUUCAGUGUCGUUUUAAAUUUUAAAUGGUGCCCGAAAUGCGGAUUAAUUUUUCGCUAAUUAUGUAAAAGGAUUAAAUGGUAUUGAUAACAAUUGGUACUAUCAAGACCGGCAUUAAAUAUACUUUAUCGGAGGCGGAAUGAACUGGGAGCGAAAUACCGGCUCACUAGAUCACGAUUUCGUUAAUGAAUAUUUUGACCAAGAUUCCAGCGAUAACAUGUCGUUAUACUACGAUUACGAAGAGGACAAUCCCCACAUUAACAAGACCAUUGAGGAUUGCAAGAGGGAGUUUUACAAUGACACGGCCUACUUAGAGCAGCAUCAUCCCGAAGGGUUUUGCAAAGUGACGUUUGACAGCAUAAUGUGCUGGCCGCCGACCCCUUACAACAAGACCGCCACCGUUAAAUGCUUCAAAUAUUUAUUCAGUAUCAGAUACGAUGAUAUGCAAAACGCUACUAGAUUUUGCGACGGUAAGAACCAAAGUUGGUCGAAACAAGACUAUUCCUUGUGUAUACCAUUAAUUAACAUACCGGAGAACAACGAAACUCAAACAGGAUUAUACUUUUUGGGUUUCACUUUGAGCCUAAUCACGUUAGUUAUAGCGGUAGCCAUUUUUUUAUAUUUCAAGGACUUGCGCUGUCUCAGGAACAAAAUCCACGUGAACCUCAUGUUUUCGUACAUCAUCAUGUACUUAACAUGGAUCCUCAUGCUCGUACUGAUCAACCAUCGCAAUGAAUCGGUAAUAUUGUGCGGAUUCGGAACGACUUUACUGCAUUACGCGCACGUAUCCACGUUUUUCUGGAUGUUUGUAGAAGGAAUGUACCUCUACAUAUUGGUGGUGAAAACCCUCAGGAGGGAGAUAUUCAAACUAAGAGUAUACGCCAUCAUAGGAUGGGGUAUACCGCUCAUUUCGAUUGUAAUUUGGGCGGUUGUGAAAGGAUUCGUUUCGGCCUCAGAUAAUCAACACUGUCCUUGGCUAUAUGGCGAUUCUGUGGAUUGGAUCUACAUGGCGCCGCCAUUAUUCGUCAUGUUUCUCAAUCUGAUCUUCCUGUUCAGCAUCAUGUGGGUGCUGAUAACGAAGCUGCGCUCAUCGCCCGCCCUCGUAGAAACUCAGCAGCAUUACAAAGCGGCCAGGGCUCUGCUCGUGCUCAUACCCCUCUUGGGCGUUACUUGGGUGAUUAUGAUUUACGUGCCCUCUGGCGAGUAUUCCAGGGAGAUAUUCGAAUCGUUGAGGAGCGUUUUAUUGUCAACACAAGGUUUGACCAUCGCGUUGUGCUAUUGUUUUUUGAACACGGAAGUGCAGAACACCAUAAAGCACCAUUUCUCGGUGUGGAGGGAGCAGAGGUCUUUGGGUUCAUUGGGCAAAAGGAGUAAAGAUUGGUCGUCGAAUAUCAACAAUAAUCGUAGACACACCGAAUGGACUUUGGUCAGCGCUAGCGAAAUCGAGGCGGCCAUUCCUUUGAACAACGCCACCCCGGAUGUAGAAUUAACAUAGGUGAAUCUAUUAAUUUAUUUAAGUCAUAUGUUUGUUGCUUAGUUUCAGCGGUAUCUUUAGUAGGUACUGUUUUUUUAUAUAUUAAAACAACAUUUUUAGUUGUAUACGUUUAAAAGUACAAAUUAUAU